AUGCUAUUAGCAGCCCCCAUCCUGUCUCAACUCCUUCCUGCGCCCACUUCCUUUCACGUGCUUACAUUUACCUUCCCCAUCGUGCCAGGAAAGGCGAAAUCCCCAUCCAAACUCUCACUUCCUCCCGGCGUUUUUCAGCCUUUCUAUCGACAGCCCUCUUCCAGGCCAUUUCAUCUCCCCCAGCACAAUCCCAACUCUAUCAAACCUCUAAUGUUAGCAGCACUGAUCCAAACUUGUUCGAAAUCAAUCCUUCCUUCUACCUUUCACGCCAAUCCUGGUGAAUUGCAUUUCAAGCAACCCUCAUCUGGGGCUCCAUCUGAAAUCCUCGGUGCUCUUUCCUUUCUAAUGUGCCAUCUCACUUCUGUAUAUUUGUCUUUCCUUAUCACUGCAUUCAACUCCUGGCAAGAUCACUGGCAUUUCUUCCUCGGUGCUUUAUAUUUGCCUUCCCUUUCUUAUCGAAUCAUCUGUGUCCUUAACCAUCUCAUUCGGAAAUUACCAUUAGACUCAACUCCUUCCUUCUUAAUAAACUCUGGUGCUCUUUCUAUCAAAAUCUUUCGAAAUUUCAACUCAGCAACAGACUUCCACAACAGGUGGGUGAUCACUGAGCCUCUGCCACCUCCCACUCAGCAAAUCAGCCACUGCAUUCAAUCCCUCCACAGGACGCAGCAAGUGAUCACUUCUCCUUCUCCUCGGUGCUUUAUUUGCUCUCCCUUCUACAAAAGGCAAACCUCCAUUGCGCCCGGAACUCUGUGCUUUAAAUUCUCUCUUUAA